AUGGCGCACAUGGCGACGGCGGUGGGGGACGGCGCGCUGCGGCGGCUGUUCGAGAAGCCGUUGCCGGAGAACCCCACGCUGCUGGAGGUGCUGUCGGCUUGCAACAACCACAGCCACCACAAGAAGCAGCUGCCGGCCGUGGACCCGGCGUCCUUCACCGAGAUCUUCGGUGAGCUACACUUCUACGGGAAGCCCGACGGCGGCGCCGCCCGACCCGUCCUGCCACGGGUGCCACUCCCUGACGCACGCGCUACGGCGGCGUCGUGGCUCGACAUCGCUAGUCAGGCCGAGAAGAGCAAUGACGACUCGUCGCUGGACGCGCUCCUCAGGCCGAAGCCCGCGAGCGCCGGCGACGCCGCCGGUGGCGUCAGGAGGAGCGCGAGCUUCUGCCUGAAGAAGAGCUCGGCGUCGCUGCUGCUGUGCACGGAGGGGCUCGGGUCCGAGAGCACGGUGGACUCGGACGACAUGGUCAGGGAUGACGGCGCCGACGCGGCCGCCGCCCUCCGCGGGAGGGAGAGGGAGGAGGCGACGCUGAGGGACGCCGCCGCCGCGGCGGAGUCAGGGCUGGUGGGUUCGCCGCCGUCGUUCCCGCCGCCGAUACGGUCGAUCGGGCGCGGCGGGAAGCCGUGCGUGUGCUUCCGGACGUUCCGCGCGGAUGGGCGGUUCGUGCUGACGCAGGUGGUGAUCCCCGGGAAGGAGCUGCUGCAGGCGUCCCGCGAGGGCGGCCGGCUCAGGCUCCGGUUCGCCAACCCCGCCGCCGCCGACGAGGAGCUGGAGUUGGGGGAUCAAGAAGAUGACCGAGAAGACAACAUGACAUGCAUCGACGCGUGCGCUUAG